CUCAUAACGGGGAGGAAGUUUGAUUUCAUUUUUACCAGUGGUUUAUGUCACUCAAGAACUCGCCAUUGUUUUUCGAAAUAGUUUAUUUCACUUCUGCGCAGUUGAUAAUGGCUUUAGCGGUAAUGCUUGUUUAGAAUAAAACAUGGGAAAAGAAAGAUCGUCGAAAAGAAGACGUGAUGGCAACGAUUCAGACGAUGGACAUAGACAUAGGGAGAGAAGGCAUUCUUCUUCGCGUUCAAGGUCUAGAUCACCUUCACCGAAAGGCAAGCGAUCGAAGCGGAGAGAGAAGGAACGAGACGCAUCUCCAGCGGCGAAGGAGGAAUACGCUGAGUCACUGUCUAUCGAGGAAACAAACAAACUUCGCGCUAAGCUGGGUCUGGCGCCUUUAGAGGUUGACGAUGGACCUAAGAGUAAGGAAGCUGAAGAUGGAACCACUAUACAUGUCGAGGAUGGAAUCGAGUUUAGACAUAAGAGGCCUGAAAACUGGGCUGAGAAGAAGAAGGAUGAGGAAAUCAAAGAGAAGUUAGAGAUAGCAAAGAAGAAACGUCAUGUUUAUGAGAGAGUGUUGACUGCGAAAGGUUUGGCGGAAUCGGAUUCUGAGGAAGAUGCUGCAGAUUGGGUAGAAAAAUUGAAGAAGCAAGAGGAAGAGAGGAAACGAGCUGAAGAAAGGGCUAAAAUGCUUGAUGAGAUGGAUGAGGAAUUUGGAGUAAACACCAUCAUAGCGGAUGAAAAAGCGAAACAAGUCAAGAAGCGAACUGUCAAAAGUAGUGGAACGGGUGGUCUAGUUGUUGGCCAUUCAAAGGAAGCGUUUGCAGGUUUUUCCGAUCAUAUACUCGUCCUCGAGGAUAAAGGAGUUCUCGAUGAAGGAGAAGAAGUACUUGUUGAUCCUAAUCUCAAAGAUAACGAAAGGUACGCUCGAAAUGUCGAGCUCAAAAAGCGAAAGGAGCUAAUGAAAGGCUUUGAUGAUGUGGACGAGUUUGGAAAUCCCAAGUCUUAUGGUGUUCUACCCAAAUAUGAUGAGGAGCUUGAAGGUAUUAAAAAAGAGAAGUUCCGCCUUGAUGAACGUGGAGGCUACGAUUUGGAAAAGGAUGAAAGAGAUAAUCGGAUGCGAAAGGAAUUAGAAAUAGCUGGCAAAACGUUGGUCAGUUUGGAUAUGGACAAGUUCCAAGUUGGUAGCGAAUUUUAUACAAAGGAAGAAAUGACGGCAUUCCGCAAGGUUAAAAAGGGAAAGAAAUCGACACGUAAGAGAAAGAUUUUGAGAGCAGAGGAUUUGAUACCCGAUGAGCCAGCCGAGGGACGCGAUCUGGGAUCCAGGAAUCAUGGUAGAAGGCGGGAAGUGAAGGAAGAGACAUCAGAGGCCGUAGAAGAUGCAACAGCGCCAGAGCAGGACAGCUCGCAGAAUGAUAAGAACGCAAAUGGUGACAGUACUGACAAUACGGGAGCGCCAUCAGGACCCUGGAAAAAGGCUACGAAGAAUGCAGUCGAUCUCGACAUGCUCAAAAGUAUUGCGAAUGACGACCAUAGCGAAAGUGAAUCGAGUGAAGAAGAGUUUGAUGGAACUUCGGAGCUCGCUGGAGUGGUCAUUGAAGACGAUGCGGAAGCGGAACUACAAAUCGUUCUUGAGAAAGCACGGCGCCUGAGACAAGUAGACGUGAAAAAGGAUGACGUCGAUGUUGCACAAAAGGUUCAUGAAAUGAUAGCCACUCAAGAUAUCAAGAUGGAAGUGGACGAGGAGAAUGGAACACACGAGAGCCCUGUCGAACGAGAUGGUGCUGUGACGCUGGAUGCGACUAUGGAGUACUGCAGAAACAUAGGUGAUAUUCCUACCUAUGGUUUGGCUGGCAACCGCAAUGAUGCUAUAGAUGUUUCGGAGAUGAAGGAAGAAGUUGAAGAUGGAGUUUCUGCUGUGAAGCGAUGGAAGCAGGCACAAACAGAGAAGGAGUCGCGGCGAAGACAAAGAGCGAAGAACAGGGAGUCGGUUCGUAAAUGGUCAGACAAACCUAGUAGCAGUGCUGCAUUAGACAGUGAUGAUGAAAAAGAACUGCAGCGAGUCAAACAGGAAGUGGCAGAAUAUUCUGACACUGACUCGGAUGAAGAUGGCGACAAAAAAGAGUAUGAGAAUGUUCUCGGUAAGGAAGCUGAUGUUUCGAAAGGUGUUGGCGCAAUGUUGAAGUUGGCCGCUCAGAAGGGUUACCUGAAUGAUACCGAAGUCAAAAAGAAAGCUACGCAAAGUCUGGAUCAUCUUCGAAACCAGUCGAAAACGCAAAUAGAACAAAGCAAAUAUGAUAUUGAGGACAAAUAUGCUAAGAAACUCGAUCGCCUUGGAACGACCGGGCGAGGUCCAAUCAUGCCAUUUGUCGAAAAGAAAGACUAUCACCCAGAGGUGAAUAUUCACUACGUAGAUGAUAAGGGACGAGUAAUGGAUCAAAAAGAUGCCUACCGAGAGCUUUCUUACAAGUUCCACGGCCGUAAUCCUGGCAAGAAGCAGACCGAGAAGAGAAUAUCUAGAAGAGAUAAGAAGGAGUUGCUGAAACAGAUGAACAGUUCGGACACUCCUCUUGGCACUUUAUCUAAACAGCUGAAGAAACAAGAGCUAUUACAAACACCCUAUCUCGUACUUAGCGGAUCCGGACGAAGUGACCACACGUCCCUGAAGAAGGAAUGAUAUACACCACAACGACAUUCGUGUUUAUAAUUGUACGUGAUAAAUGUUAAGAAUCGUCUUCUUCCGAAUUAUACCAUUCUUAUGUAAUCAAAGAUUCAGACAAAAUUUAUCCUACAUAGUUCAAAGCACCACAAACAUUCCUCGAUCAUAUGUUCGAAUUUCAAAAAACAAAAUUCUCUAUAUACAAGAUUAGAAGUUAUAAAUGUUCUCAAAAU